AGCGACGUGACGUCUCGAGUGCGAUGACGUCUUUCUACUAACCAACAUGGCGAAAAAACAACGUGGGGAAAAGGCAUCUUCGCCAAAUACGGCGGAUAACGUUAAUCAGACAGAAUAUUUCAGUUUAAUGCUGGAGUCCAGUGACGACGAGGCUCCUGAGGAGGUGACCUUUGAAGACUCGAAGGCUGCGGCGUUCCAGAGCAUGAAACAAGCGCUGGACACAGCCAGAAGGGAAAAGGAACUGCUGAAAGAGAAGAGAAGGAAGAGACAGGAACUGUUUCAGGAACAGAAGAAAAGAAAACUUUUACCAGCUGACGUGUUGGAGGAAAUCGACUCAGUUCCUUCAAAGAAGCAGAAACAGUCUGACGAAGUUGAGGAGGAGGAGCAGCAGGAGGACGAUGGGGAAGAAGAUAAGACUAGGAAGAAGAGAAAGAGGAGAGGGAAGCAAGCACAUGCCCGAAAUCUGAAAGGAAACUACACGGUGACAACAGUGAAGGAGGGAGCGGCUGUGUCCUUCCAGCAGCAGGCGGCCCAGGAUUUCCUCCAGUCCAGACUGUACGGACCGGGAAGCUGCAGGACUACAAGUAACGAGCUGCUCUCUCUCCAGAACAAGAAGGGGAUGAAUAAAAGUGCAGCGGUGCAGUUUGUCAAGAAAGACUGGGCCAGUAAAGAAAAAGCCAAAUCUGAGAAGUUGAAGAAGAGGUGGCUCCACAAGCAGCAGAUUCCUUCCUGCUGACCUACUACAAGAACCUCGACCCGGGCCAGUGUGAAAAACGUUCGAUGCACAGACUCUGCUGCUCCUUCUGCCACUGAACGUAAACAGACACUGGUCACAGGAGGAAGAGGCGCUUUCGGGACACGGCAGCAGCCAGAACUCCUCAGGACGUCAAAUGUGCAGCAGCAGCAGAUUACGUUCGAGCCCUUCCCACCACUUCAACAACAUAAAUGGGGUUCUCAUAAUUUGAACUUUUUGUUCCUUUAUGAAUUCAACAUACUUUUUCUCGCCAGUUUCUUAAAGAGGACAACAUGUAAAGAUACAGUUUUUAGUUUAAGGUUGUCUGUAACCUUCUACUCAGAUGAAGCGACCUUUGUUUUUUGUAAAAUCACAACCUUGUUUUAUCUGUAUCUUUUAAAUAUUUUUUUCAAGCCUUAGAUGCAGCUCAGAAAACUAUAAAAAUCUAUAGAACAGGCAUCUACUUUUGUCUUCAAACUACUGAGGUUUCUGCUGGAAAAACAAUUCCAUAAUGUUAUUAGGUGACUAUUUUUGCUGCAGUUCUUUGUGAUGAGAUUUAGUUUACAUACCUGAAUACGUUAAUUUGGGAAGCAGAAAUAGUGUGAUGGAAAUGUAUUCUUCCUGAAUUUGCAUCAGUUAGGGGGGGAAAAAAAACAUGAUUUCAAGUCUGUUUCAGUCGUGUUUCCUAAAACAAUGAUUAGUUCUUCUGGUAUAAAGCACACCAAUUUGUGUUUUUAUCCAACUGCAGAGACAAUUUUUGAGCAGAUAUUGAUAAUGAAAUCGUUUUGGGGACUUUAGAUUGAUCCUAAGCAUUUUGGAGACUGGUUUGGUUUAAACCUUUGAUAGACUUAUGAAUCGAGAAAAUAAAGUUAAGUUGCAGCACUGGAUAUAAGACUAGACCUUUUUUUAGUACUGAACAGAAAGUCGCUAGUGAUUUUCCCUUCAUAACAUCUGAUUGUUUCAUUUGAAUAAAAGGUGAGGGUAAAAACCAACAAA